UACUGUAAAAAAGAGGCCGUUUUACUAUUGGCAACGACUCUUCAGCUUUGAGGAAGGUGCCAACAUGCACAUAUCCCAAACAUGCCCAGUGGCUUCCAGGAGAUGUAGGUGGCACCGCCGUCUGCCUGGGGUGCACAGUCUUGGAACGAGGAUCCUGGGGGCUGUGAGCACCCCAAGAGCUGAGAGUGAAGUCACCCAGAUGUCCUGGUCCAGCUGUUCCCAUGUGGCCUCUCUGAGGGAAGGUGAGUGAACUGCCUCAUGGGGCAGUUAGACCAUGCCGGGGCAUUGUAUGUCCCAUCUCAGGCUGGAGCAUCACCGAGCAUAUGCCACGAAGCAGGUUCUCAUUCUUCUUCAACUUUUCUUUAUUGCAAGGAGAAGGAAGAGAACUUGCUCAGGGAGGAGAGCGGGAAUCAGAUUUUGCAGUCGCCAGAAUCCAAAAGUGAAAUGCGAGUGGACACAGUGAGGGUGUCACCUCUUUAGCCUCAAGGACACAUGAGCCGAGACGUCAGUGUGCCCCUAGACAGAGUGUGCCCAGAACCCCCUGAGGAUCCACAGGCUCAGCCUGAGGUGCCCCCUCACCAGCCCCAUGCCCUCGUUUGUCCCCUCCUGUCCUGCCACCACCCCCGGGCUGCCAAACCAUUUCAGCGACUCUCGCCACAAGCAGGCCUGCCACCAGGUGCCAACAACAUAUGCAGAGCUCCCCUCUGUUCUCCAGCGUUUAUUACGAGAUUGGGAAGAGCAAAGGUUUUUUUUUGGAGCGUGUCUCAGCAGGUGUGGCUGUCGGGCCUGUAUGAAAUCUCUCCUACCGACUCUGUCCAGAACAGUAACUCCAAGAACGCUAAUAAUCGGGAUGACUUCAUCACCAGACUGGGCAGCCGGGUAACCAAGACCUUCACCGCAGAGACCGUGAGCCAGAAACCCCCAGCGGCUUGUUUAUGGUGUUCGUGUUGACACAUUGCCAUUUCGUGCACUUAGGGGAACGAUGCGCUUUUCUCACGCAGCGCACGAUGUGUAGUGACGUCUAUCUGGAGGGGCCGUGCGCUCCCUUGGAGAGGGCUGAUGGCCUACUAAGCACCUUUCUCAGCUCGGGAGCCCGGUUCUUCUCAAGUCCUGUUCCUCAUGCACUCUUCAGCUUACCAGCCACAGAGUGGCCCGUGGAUCCCUCCGAGAACUCCCUGCCCAUUGAGUGUGCAUGGGCCUCGGAGCUCGCCUUACACAGGGACAGCAGGGGCCUCGGAGCUCGCCUUAUGCGGGGACAGCAGCAAGCGGCAUAGAGGGGAGCUGCAGGACAGCGAGAGGAGACCAGAGAGGAGAGGCUUCUCGGAGAAGGGGGCUCAUUGGCUACCUUGCUGCCUAGCAAAGGGGAGGAUGAAGAGUCGCUUUUUUUGGUGUGCACCUGCGGUCCUAACCCUGCGACCUUGGCAAAGUGCUGAGCCUCACUGCGUGGAGAAUGACAGAUCGGACAAGAUGCCCUCUGAAGUCCCCUCCUGCUGCAAAAUUGUCCUCUUCCUUCAAAACAAACAGGACAACCCCACAAAACCAGCCCCGCCAUCUCUCCCAGCCCCACCAAAAGAAAAGUUUUCCAUUUCAUUCCGAGAGCGUUUUUUUGCGAGCCUGGAUUCCUCUGGCCAUGAGCUGUUCUUUGAGCACCAGAAGAGGCCAAAUUUCCACUGUGAGGAACGGAGAAGGUUGAUGGGCCAGUUCUUCGUGGUGCAACCGUACUGACCCCAGGAGUCACUGUUUGGAAUAAAAUUCUUCACAAACUGGAGAGGACCUGCAGAAGCUCACAGUGUGAGAGCUUCAAAGGGCAUUACAUUGUGCUUCGCCAGGUGGACACAGCUUCAAGAUGAACACCGAAGAUCGCGGUAGAAGCGAGUGCAAGUUCAUGCUGCCUCCUUCUUUAUUUUUGAGAGAUUUUUACUUGCCAGAGAGAUAGGCAGAAAGCAAGA